CAGGGGAAUCGGGAAAAUGCGCAGAAAAGGUGACGCGCCUUGAUCACGUCAUCAGUCGUCGCGUCAACGUGCACGAGAGCGAGGAAAAACAGCAAAGUAGAGCUCUGCUGAAGAAACCGGUGUUAUUUCAUAAAAUAUGGGGAAGCAGAAAACAAAGAGGUUUGCUGUCAUGAAGAGAAUGAUCAGCCUAAAAGAUCAAAGAAUAAAGGAGAAGGACCGCGCGAAAGCCAAAGAAAAAAAGAAGAAGGAUCCAUCUGCUCUUAAAGAGAGAGAAGUGCCAAAGUACCCGUCGUGUUUGUUCUUUCAGUACAACACUCAGCUUGGUCCACCGUACCAUAUUCUAGUUGAUACCAACUUUAUCAACUUCUCUAUCAAAGCUAAGCUCGACAUUGUUCAAUCUAUGAUGGAUUGCUUGUAUGCCAAAUGUAUACCGUACAUUACAGACUGUGUUAUGGCUGAGAUUGAGAAACUUGGAAUGAAGUACAGAGUUGCACUCAGGAUUGCCAAGGAUCCAAGGUUUGAGCGCCUCCCUUGUACACAUAAGGGAACAUAUGCUGAUGACUGUUUGGUCCAAAGGGUGACACAACACAAGUGUUACAUCCUGGCCACUGUGGACAGAGAUCUAAAGAGGCGGGUCCGUAAGAUUCCUGGAGUUCCCAUCAUGUACAUCUCAAACCACAGGUACAAUAUUGAACGGAUGCCUGAUGACUACGGUGCUCCAAGAUUAUAACAUUUGUACAAGUAUCCUAUAUGUGUAAAUAGACUAAAUCUGGUUGAUAUAAUUUUGUAGUUUGCUGAAUAUAUUGAAGCUGUUUGGUUUGACUUUUGUAGUGGCCGUGGUUCAUAUCACAGCAAAUGGUAAAUUAACAUUUUGUGGUGCUGUCUGUUAACUGAAUAAACAAAUUUAUGCAGGGCA